CCUGCAUAUAAAAGAUAUUCACUGACAAGAAACCUUGCCCUCUUUGUAAGGAAAACAGUUUCACGACACUUUUAGACAAGAAGCAACGAAGAAGAAUUUUUGAUAUCCAGGUCUACUGCAAUAAAAAAGCUGAUGGUUGUGACUGGAUGGGUGGUUUGGGAGAGCUAGAACAACACCUUGGUGAGAAAUGCCAAUUAGUUCUUGUGGAUUGUCCGUAUAACUGUAGAAAACAUAUUCCAAGGAGAUUUCUAACAGAGCACAAAACUAACGAUUGCCCCAGAAGACCACACAGCUGUGAGUACUGCCAGCUGGAGGUAACGUAUCAAGAGAUCCAAGAUGAUCACCUCCCAGUGUGCCCAAAGUACCCGGUGGAGUGCCCCAACAAGUGUGGAGUGGCUCCCCCUGAGAGACGUCAACUGGAGGGGCACCUGAGAGAGUGUCCUCGGGCAAUGGCCGAGUGUGAGCUGAAGGAGCUGGGCUGUGAGGAGGUGGUCCAACGGAAGGACUCGGACAAACACAUGGAGCAAGCUGCUCAGAAACACACGAGGCUAAUGGCUAGUCACUACCUAAAAAGUCAGAGAACGCAAACUAAAGAUAUCAUUAAGCUAACAGAAGAGAACGAAGAAUUAAAGCAAUCAUUACAACACAAAUACGAGAAACUAGAACUAGAACUUGAAUCAAAAUCUAAAGAGCUGUCAGCUUUAUCCAGUCAGAUGGACAUUCUUACACAACAUGUGAGCGUUAGCUUCACUAGCGUGACUGUCGACUAUGAAAAUGAAAAAGAAUACCAUGAAAGAUGGAGAAACAGUGAGUACUUUCGCACGGUUCUAAAAGGAUACGUCAUGGAGGUUAAUUUCUUUUUCAAUCGUUAUUCUCAAAGGCUUGAUUUUGAGCUCACCUCUAGGAAUUGCCGAGCUAAUGAAAAGCUCAAUUGGCCAACAUUUUUCCUAAUGACAGUCACAAUGCUUAACCAGGCCGGUAACCAUAGCCACUAUCAGAUUACUAAAUAUUUAGUAGUUAAGAGGCACGACUUUAACGAUCAACUUCGAAUAUCGUACGACACUAUAGAUAAUCCACCUCCUGGAGUGCAGUAUAUCGUUAAUGGCCACGUCAAGUUCCAAAUAAUUGAUCAGUAGAUAUGAGCUGUGAAGCCUGUGAUCCCCCUCAGAACACCCAACUCUCUUUGCUGCAGAGAAUGAAGAAUGCCAAUAUGCACACAGGAGCCUAUCGAAAACAAUUCACAGACAGGUGUUAAGAAGGUGCAACAUCAAGAUGCUGGCAUGCAGUCAGAGGCUGUCCAAAGAGCCAUGGAUUGCUCAAAUUCAAAUUCAGAGGUGGGAGUUGUCUGGAUGGAAGGGAGAUACAACAGCAAACGGAGAGUGGCAAGAAGACAGAAUCGAGGAAGCUAAUUGAGCUAGUGGGAAGAUUCAAUCACAAAAUUCUUGGUACUUGUAUUAUACACGAUUUCUAGUCUUGCACCAGCCCCUAUUGGAACGCUAGGUCGAAAUGGUGCGAGACUACGCGAUUUCCAGUUGACAUCCACCAGCCAUGCAUCUAGAUCUACGUAAAAAGACGAUAGUUUAAAGAGUGUAUUAAGCAAAGUGACGCCUAUAUAGUUUUGUGUAUGCUUUUAUUCUCUUUAUCAUCAUGACAUAAAUAAUGCACAGCCACACUUG